AUGGAGCUCCUCGCUAUAGAGAGCUUACUAGCCAGCGUCGUCGCUUCCCCUCUACUUCUUGCGGUAGCCUGCUGCUCUGUAUUACACGUGGCAGCAUGCGUACUGAAUAUCAUCUGGUCAGUCUGCGCGGGAUACCUACUCGGCGAGGCAGACUUCUGGACUAAAUUAUUGCCAGAAAAACGCGCUUACUGGAGAAAUAGGGUCGCCUGGGUUACAGGGUCUUCGAGUGGAGUCGGUUUGAGCUUGUGCCGUCUCCUUGCCCAGCGAGGAUGCCGCCUGAUCAUGUCGAGCCGGAAGAUGGAUGACUUGCAGGCCGCGAAGCAGGAUGUGGUUAGUUUCUGCGGUUCCAGGGGAUUGCAAAAGUCAGAAAGUGAUUUUCUCCUCCUUCCAUUCGACCUUAACAAUCUUGAAUCUUUCGAAACCAUUGUCAAAGAUGCCAUCUCGUGGUCUCGCGACGGACGGAUCGACUUCCUUUUCAACAACGCAGGUAUUUCCAGUAGAGGCAUGUUCAUGUCCUAUGACGCCACCGACAAGAUUCUCACGAUCGAUUUGCUUGCCCAGAUCAAGUUGACCAAGCUGGUUCUGCCAAACAUGGCCAAAGGAGGGUUCGGCCACAUUAUUUUUACGAAUUCAGCUUGCAGCAAGCUCGUCACCUGCGGCCAUGAGCCGUACGCCGUGGCAAAGAGAGGGCUGCUGUGUUUUGCGGAGGCGCUAUCAAGAGAGUUCAAAGCGAAGAACAUGAACAUCGCCGUAACAACUGCAAUCCUUGGUUAUGUCCGAACCAGCAUUGGCUCCCGCACCCUCGGACCAACAGGGAAAGCGCUAACGGACGAUUCCUCAUACAUGAACCCCUACGUCGCUGCAGGGAUGCCCCCUGACACCGUCGCGAAGCUGAUGCUGAAAGGGGGGUCAAACAAGCUCCGUGAAUGCUGGAUCGCCAAUAACCCGACUCUUGUAAGCAUCUACCUCCAAGCGUGCGUGCCAGGCCUAAUAAGCUUUCUUCUGGAUCUGCGGGCAGAAGCCCAUGCAGCCGCAGUCGAAGAAGAAGUCCGAGAGUUAGAAGAGAUUGCUCAGCGAGUACGACAAACCUGCCCGCAUGCCUAG